AUGGCGGAUCCUCGCCGAACUUCAGCGUUAGCUGUCGGAAUCGUCAUUACGGCAGCGCUGGUGUUCAUCGGCGCGUUCCACCACCCCUUGCCCAAGAGAGGAAGUCCCGACUACGAUGUUGACGCCAAAUUCGACCUUCCCACUCCACCAACCGACCUUCCAUACUCUAAAACCAACAACAUCAUCUGCAUGAUAGUAAUGACCCUCUUCGGGCUCUCAGCCGUGGCCCUCGGCGCACGCGACGCCCAGAAACAGCGCAGCCUCCUCCCGCUGAUCUUACCUCUCAGCGGCGCCAUGAUUGCCUUCCCAGAGACAUUCGUCGACGUCCUCGGCUGCAUCUACUAUCCAUGGCCAGCAGAAAACGCCUCCUUCCACCUGAUCGGCCGCGAUAUGCCGCCCUGGAUUCCGAUUUGGUUCGGCUACGGCUCGUUGAUGCAGAUCAACCUCCAGCUCCUCGUCAACAACGUUUCUACGAAGACACUGUGGUGGUUCCUCGGCCUGAUGAUGAUUUCGGACCUCGUCGUGGAGGAGAUUCUGCUGCCGAUGGGCGUCUAUCAUUACUACGGAAACCAGCCGUUGGUCAUUUUGAACAUGUUUCCUUGGUGGUGGAUGGCACCCAACUCCAUUGGCGUGUUCCUUGCGACGGCUUUGGCCUAUCGCUACCGGUCUGUGCUUGUCGGCUGGAAGGUUGUCGGUGUCAUGUUUUUGACGCCAAUGUCGGUUGGCGUCAUUUAUGGGUUCAUCUGCUUCCCUGUCUGGGUUGCCAUCAACGGGGACUGGGGAUGGCUUGUCACGCAACUUCUUGGAUUGUUGACGAUGGUGUUCGGCUUUGUGGCUUUUUGCAUCAUUUUGGAGAUGGUUCUAGGACGAAACCCGUUUGGUGUGGACGGAAAGGAAGAGCGGCCCCUCACUUCAACGGAUUACGGACAGGCUGAGGCUUUUCAAGACGAGUGCUGA